AUGCCUCCACACGUGCCGCGCAAGCGGCUGCGCGAGGAAUCGCUAGUAGAACCCAGCCCCAAACGCCAACAGGUUGCCAAAGGUCAGCCAAAUCCCAGGGUGCCGUCUGCUCGCAGGAAGCCCACUCUGUACGACGAUUUGGAUGCUACCACCACGCCUAGCUCGUCCAAAGUCGGCCGUUCUGCUAUUGAUGUUGUGAGCGACAGCGAUGAAACCAGUGCACUGAGCGACUUAUCCGACGGGGACUUCGAGGAUGUCCCCGUCGCAAAUGCACAAAAGGCCGAGGAGCUAUCCGACAAUGACGAUAACGACGACAUCGAGUUCGAGGAUGUUCCCGCCCCAAGAACUACUUUGGCAAAGGCCGCGACGACCUCCCAAGACCUCCAGCUUACCCUCGAUGCCGGGUUUGGAACUGCAAUGAACGACCCCUACGGCGACAAAAAGGGGCCGACGAAGCGCGAAAAGAAGAUACGGGUUGUGACGCAUUUUAUCCACGUCCAGUAUCUUCUUUGGCACAAUGCACUUCGAAACUCGUGGAUUGGCGACCUUGAAGUACAGGCAAUUAUGAUGUCCCAUGUUCCACCCCGCCUUUGGGAGGAAGUGGAAAGAUGGAGGAGGGCCAGUGGACUGGAUGCGAAGCCGCAAAGACCUCCACCGAAAUUGACCAGGCCGGCCAAGAAGACCAGAGACAGAGGAAAAGGGAAGAAGGUUGAGGAUGACUCUCGAGAUUGGGGUCCUGCCGCCGAGAGAAUGGAAGAAGGGGCUGCCGAUAUGAGCCACGGCGAUCCACUGUUCAGGCUUAUGAAGUCUCUCGUGGCUUGGUGGAGGCAACGCUUUCGCAUCACAGCGCCCGGCAUUCGUAAGUGGGGUUACAUGCACCCGGAACGAGUCGGCAGAUUGCGAAAGGCCUGGGAGACCGAAGGUCAUGACCAGGACCGCUUCGGAGAACGAAUCAACGACCUCGAGGGUUUCCGGAAAUGCGCCCAGGAGUGUACGGGAAGCCGAGAUAUAGGAUCGCAGCUCUUCACAGCUCUUAUAAGAGCUCUGGGAUUGGAGGCGCGGAUGGUCGCCAGUCUGCAGCCCUUAGGCUUUGGAUGGACAAAGCUUGAGGAGGCACACCCUGAGAAGGAGAAAAAUGCGCCUUCUGUCACCAACAGCAAUGAUACGAAGAGUGGGAAGGGCAAGACCAAAGGGAAAACGAACAAAGCAGCCAAGGAAGUUUUGGCAGAGAAGGGCGCCAAACAAACACCUAGAAGUACAACAUCAUCACGAAUCUCAAGCACGAGGCGCGCAAGCCAGAAGGAUGCCGUCAUUGAGAUGGAUGACUCGGAUGCUGAACUCGGCUUGGAGCACCCGGACAGCGACGACGAAUCGGUCGUAGAAUUAGAAGUGACACCGCGGAAAUCUACAGUGGUGUCCAAGAAGUUCGAUCAGGACUUGGACUUCCCUCAUUAUUGGACGGAGGUUUUGUCACCAGUAACGAAAAAGUACCUGCCGGUUGAUCCGAUUGUGAAGAACGUCAUCGGUACCAACCGAGACCUGAUUGAAUCACUGGAGCCGCGUGGAGGAAAGGCAGAGAAGGCGAAGCAGGUCAUGGCGUAUGUUGUUGGCUUCUCCUCGGACGGAACAGCUAAGGACGUGACAGUUCGUUACCUCAGAAAGCAACUGUGGCCCGGCCGCACGAAAGGCUCAAGGAUGUCGCCGGAAAAGGUCCCGAUUUACAAUCGUCACGGCAAGGUGAAGCGUUAUGAUCAAUUUGACUGGUUCAAAUCGGCCAUGAAAGGCUUCGCCAAGGGUGGCCAAAAGCAUCCCCUGACAGAAGAGGACGAAGUGGAGGAUUCGACGGAUCUGACUCCGGCUCAACCAGAGAAGAAGGAAGUGAAAGAGGGCAGUGAGACCCUUGCGUACUACAAGCAGUCGAAGGAGUUCUGCCUCGAGCGUCAUCUCAAACGAGAAGAGGCUCUGUUGCCAACGGCUGUUCCUGUCAAGACGUUCAAGAACAAGGGAAAAGGCGUGGAUGUCUCCGACGAGCCAGUUUUCUCGAGGAAGGACGUCGUGAAUGUCAAGAGUGCAGAAACCUGGCACAAACAGGGCAGAGCUCCCAAGCCUGGCGAGCGACCGCUCAAGAGGGUGCCGUAUCGUGCAGCGACGACCAACAGGCGCCGCGAGAUCGCAGAAGCUGAGGCCGUGAGCGGCGAAAAGGUUCUCCAGGGCCUGUACAGCUUCGACCAGACCGAGUGGAUCAUCCCUCCCCCUAUCAAGGAUGGCGUCAUCCCGAAGAACGAAUAUGGCAACAUCGAUCUCUUCGCUGAACACAUGUGUCCUGAAGGUGCCGCUCAUGUCCCGUUCCGAGGCGCCGUCAAGGUCUGCAAAAGGCUCAAGAUCGACUAUGCCGAAGCCGUUGUGGAUUUUGAGUUUGGGAACCGAAUGGCAGUGCCCGUCAUACAAGGUGUUGUCAUCGCAGAAGAAUAUCACGACCAGGUAAUGGAGGAGAUUCGCAAAGACGAAGCGGAGCGGGCACGCAAGGAGGACGAGAAGCGGCGCAAGGAGGCGCUGAGGGUGUGGAGCAAGUUCUUGAAGGGUCUCAGAAUCGUCGAGCGCAUUCGCCAGGAUUAUGGGCAUGUUGACGACAGCGUUCCAGUUUUCCAAAAGGGAACGGCCAAGGCCAUCAAAGACACUCAUGAAGAAGAGGAAGGAGAGGAGACGCAUCGUGUAGACGCAGAAGCCAUGCAGAUGAGGGAUGAGGAGAUGGCUGGUGGUUUCUUCCCAGAAGGUCACGAGGAAGAAGAGGUCGAGCAACCAAAGCGGUUCACGUCUGGCUUCUUCCCAGUAGUGGACGAAGGCGACGAUGAUCAGGACAUGGAUGGUGAUUUAGUCGUGGAUCACGGCCGCGACGAGAAGCCAGACACGAGCGACCAUGCGGAUGGCACGGCAAACGCCGAAGAAUCUUCCCCCGUUUCGGAACAUCUCCCUGCGCCGGUCAAGGCCAAGCCGAGGCCUAAGAAGAAGGCGGUGAUGAGGCGGUCGACGAGGCGUAGGCAAAGACCUGUCGCUGACAGUGAGGAUGAGGACGAUGACGACUUUUUGGCCUCGGACGACGAUUACUAG